GCUGCAGGAGCAGCCUGUGCUCGGUGCUGGUGCUGCACCGGUGGGUUAGCGGUGCACAGGUUCAAGCACCCUUGUAGAUGGGGCUGGAGUGGUUUGCCAUUGAGAGAGUGAAGUGAGUGCCCGGAGGUGGCUGUGCGGUGUCACUUACGGCCACGGAGUAACAAGUCCAGCCUGGAAGUUGCUCUUGGUUGUCUGGGGAUCCCAGCAGCAGUACAGGGAUGUGUAGCCGGGAUCGAAGCAGCUACCAUCUGUGUGGAGGGGCUGCACAGCUUCAGUGGUGUCCCUGGGCACGGGACCAUGCUUCCUUCACGUGGUGCACGGAGGAGAACAGUCUAGAAAGAGAAACAUGAAUUUGAAUAAGACGCUCUGGGAGAAUCUCCUCUGCAAGGGCUGCGUGAGAGACGUCUGUAGGGAGAGAAUACCCUUUUUGGACAUUCUGACUGGGCAAGGCUUAUGCUACAGGCUUUUAAGCAAGACAGGCUUUAUUCAGAGGAGCAAGAACACCACUGAAGGAGAGGGAUGGAGCGCCUGGCCUCCUUCAGUAAUGACCCUUUUGAUAAGCCUCCUUGCCGAGGUUGCUCUUCAUAUCUCACAGAGCCCUACGUUAAGUGUGCUGAGUGUGGGCCUCCUCCCUUCCUCCUGUGUUUGCAGUGUUUCACACGAGGAUUUGAAUACAAGAAACAUCAGAGUGAUCACACUUACGAGAUAAUGACUUCUGAUUUUCCUGUCUUGGAUCCUAACUGGACAGCCCAAGAGGAAAUGGCUCUCCUAGAAGCUGUGAUGGACUGUGGAUUUGGAAACUGGCAGGACGUAGCCAACCAGAUGUGUACAAAAUCCAAGGAGGAGUGUGAGAAACAUUAUAUGAAACACUUUAUCAACAAUCCCUUGUUUGCAUCUACAUUACUGAACCUGAAGCAGGCGGAGGAGGCACAGCACAACGAAACAGCCAUUCCUUUCCACCCUGCUGAUGAUCCCCCACGGCCUACUUUUGAUUCCUUGCUCUCCAGGGAUAUGGCUGGGUACAUGCCAGCGAGAGCCGACUUCGUUGAGGAGUUUGACAACUAUGCUGAAUGGGAUUUGAGAGAUAUUGAUUUUGUAGAAGAUGAUUCAGACAUUUUGCAUGCUCUGAAGAUUGCAGUUGUAGAUAUCUAUCAUUCCAGGUUAAAGGAAAGACAGAGAAGAAAAAAAAUUAUAAGAGAUCAUGGCCUAAUCAACCUCAGAAAAUUCCAGAUUUUGGAAAGGCGAUAUCCAAAGGAGGUUCAAGACCUUUAUGAAACAAUGCGACGAUUUGCUCGAAUUCUUGGACCAGUAGAGCAUGAUAAGUUCAUUGAAAGCCAUGCAUUGGAAUUUGAACUGCGAAGGGAAAUAAAGCGACUACAGGAAUACAGAGCAGCAGGAAUCACCAAUUUCUGUAGUGCCAGAACAUACGAUCACCUCAAGAAGACCAGAGAUGAGGAACGCCUGAAGCGCACCAUGCUUUCUGAAGUCCUGCAGUACAUCCAGGACAGCAGUGCCUGCCAGCAGUGGCUCAGUCGACAAGCUGAUAUUGAUUCCGGCCUGAGUCCCACGGUACCAGUUCCUUCAAAUUCAGGUAGACGGAGUGCCCCGCCACUGAACCUCACAGGUCUCCCAGGGACAGAGAAACUUAACGAGAAGGAGAAGGAGCUCUGUCAGAUGGUGAGGUUGGUCCCUGGAGCCUAUUUAGAAUAUAAAGCUGCUUUAGUGAACGAGUGUAACAAACAAGGAGGCCUGAGACUAGCUCAGGCUAGAGCACUCAUCAAGAUCGAUGUGAACAAAACCAGGAAAAUCUAUGACUUCCUUAUCAGAGAAGGGUACAUCACGAAAGCCUGAGGACAGACAUCAGCACUUUGGCUGGAGCAGACAGAUGUGGAGAAGCUUUGAAGUCACUUUGACAGCGCUGAAAGAUUUUAACAGUGUUGAAUGAAGGACAUUUCCUUUUGUUUAAAAUCUUUUGGGGCUUUUUUUUUUUUUUUUUUUUUGCAAAAACAAGUAGGGAGCAUUGUUAAAUGGUGUGAAUACUGACAUUUCUUUGUCCGGUUUCCUUUUGACUCUGCUGUUUAACAUUGCUGUUGUCAGAAUUAUGCUGCCACGUAGCGCUGGAAAGAAUCAUAUGCCAUAUAAGCUAAUCUUAAAUGUGAAUGGACAUUCAUUUCUAACACCUCUUGUAACUAAAAAGAGAAUCACAGUGCUUUUAUGCUGACAGUGACACAGAAUAAGGACAGAAGAGCAGCACGCAAUGAAAGUCACACUUUGACUUUGUGUGAGUUCAGGGGUAUAGAAAUGCAGUCCCCUCCCUUCUUGUACUCCUAAAACAGUGGCAGCUUUCAAAGGAGAUAGCACAUGCCCGAGGGUGUAAAAAUAGAGUUCACAGUGGUCCAGUCUUUUUAACUUAAUUGUGAUAAAGGAUGGAAAAAGACAUUGCAGGGAAGCUCCUCAACAGUUGUUACUUUUAUGUGAUAUUAGCACAUAUCACAGCAUGAGAGAACCGUACAAACCAGUAAGCUUCAUCUGCUUGCUACUUGAUUUGUGAUAGUCAAGUUAUAUAUAAUCCCUCAGUUUAAGUCAUCGUUGCUCCGGCUCGUUGGAAAGGCUGGAUGGUACAACCAGAGCUGCCUUUUGGAACAUAAAUACACUCAGUACCCCGACGUUCUCUCACGAAGAUCAUGGUGAAGAGCACAACGAGCUGCCCGGAGCACACACUCGAGCCCUUCCCACCCUCCUGUUCGUGGGGCCUUUCGGCUACCGCAUUAGCGGCGACGUUCCCCGCUGGCCGACAAAGCGAUGACGAGGUGCAAGAAGUCACUACCCCCCCACACACCCCGUCACAUCAGAUGAUCCAUCGUACGGCUUCAGAACAAAACGUUUGCAUUGGAAAAUGCGACUGGAUGAUGAAGAUGGUCCUUUUCAGAUGCAGCUCGCCGUGGCUCACUAGACAGUGAUCUCUAUCAAACAGCUUCCACUGCUAACGUAUAACGCUGAAAUAAUGGCCCAUAAGUAGCCUAACAGCCAAGGCCGGUGGGAUGUUGGUUGCUCUCCACUUUGGGAUCUCGUGAAAAAGCUGAACUGAGCUACAGUUAUACUGAUACCUAUUUAGGUUUGAUUUGGUUUGGGUUUUUUUCCCCAGAGUAAUUAUCCUGUGUACCUGAGGUGCCACUGAACGUGAAGUAUUUUGGUUUAUAAUAAAAUCAAAAUGGCUUGAAACAAUCUUACAGCCAUGUUCCUGGACUCUGAGUGAGACUAAACGUCACGCAACUGCCUCCACCUAUAUCCAUCAGCUUCUCACCACGAGAGAGGAGAUAAAUGUCUAAAAGUGGCUGUAUGGCUGUGACCACUAAAUUACCUAGAAAACAGUAAUAUUUAAAGAAAAAGCAGCAGUAAUAAACCACAUGUUGAAGAUUAAAGCCUGUAGCAAUUGAGACUGUACAGACUGGGAAUGCCAAAGGGAGGGGACAAAGUAAACUGUAAAUCCUUGGGAAUGUUUCUCCCAGUUGUCUUAAUAUUAAACAAACAGCCAAACUACCUUUCCUCGUGCCCAGUCUCCUGUGCCGUGACUUGCACUAAAAGGCAGUAGGGGAGCCAAAUACACCGGUCCCUGCUGGGACCAUCCUGAGCUCAGCCGCAUCCCCACCCAGCAAACUUCAGUGACCUUCCUUUGCCCCAGAGGGACCCAAACGGGGCUGUGAGCGUGACCCGCCUUGGCCAAACACAGGACUACCCAGACCCGAGCUGUUGCCGAGCCCCCUGCUUCGGGCAGUGACCAUCUGGAAAAUGUUGGGGAGAAAAGAUCUCUGCAAAGGAGAGAACUGCGAUCCUUCCACUGGCCAGGAGGGGAACCAGAAAAGAGACUUUUCUUCUCUGAGGUAAGUAGGAGAGUGGGAGGCAGUGGGACUGGGAUGUUUCCCUCGCAUAGCGUCAAGGUGCACAACCAACAGGUUUUCCCCUUUCGCGGGGCGUCUCUCGGGCUCUAACACCAGGCAGUGUUGUGCUGCAGAAACGGGGCCAGAAAAGUCACAUCAGGAAAAAGCUGUUGGGUUAAAAAGCUCCAUCUGUGCCCACGCCAGGCCGGGGGGGUGAGAUGGGGACCAGGGGCUGGGGGGGCUGGCCGGUGCCGUGGCCAUGGAGAGCCCACCGAGGCACGGCCGUCCCGUGGCUGCUCACACCCUCCGUUCAAGGACGGGCAAGUGAUCAGGCACUGGAGACAGCGACGGCAGGAUUUUGGGUACAAAUCUAACGCUUGUAGCACCGACUGGGGCCAGCCUGGCCCGCAGGACGGGGACCCCUUCACCCACGUGCUUUCAAACCACUUCCAAUAAAAUAAAACUCAGCGAACAGACAAGCAAAACCCACCCAAAAAGGUGCCAGCUGAGGCCAAGCUCACCCGCACGGUUUAUGAACCAGAGCAAGCUUUGCAGGAGGCUCCUCCGGGGCACAGGGGCUCGAGCCAACGCCAACAGAUCCCUGCCCCUUUGGUGACAAAAUCCUCCCCUCCGCGCUCCCGCGAGCGCCAUUAAACAGAGAGGAAUGAGAAGCUGGUCAUCAGGCACAGGACAGCCCCUCUCCCCAUCACUUUUGUCCCUCCCAGCCCGGUGCACGCUGCCAUGGCCCCUCUGAACCAUUUCCCAACGCUCGGGGAAGGUGGUUUUGGGGAGGAAAGCUGCCCCCCCCCCCAAGCUCCUGGCUGUCUCGCUGGUCCCUCCUCCUUUAAAUCCCUCCGGCUCCUCUCUGACUCGUCACAAAAUGUCUCCGUCGCUGCCUGCCAGACCCAGCUCCAGCCUCCCAAGAGCUAGCUGUCGCCUCGAUGUCAUUUGGAGAGGCUUUGAACAGGGGGAAUCUAUCUUUAUCCGCGCCGGGAAGCGCCAUGCGUGGCUCUGGCACCGUGCAAGUAAUUAACAAUAAUGAAAAGUUGGGGUUGCCAUGGAUAUGCUGUUCUAUUUACAACGCGCAUCGCUCCCCAUCACCCGGACCCGUGCAGCAACCGAGGGAAAUCAGAACCCCAUUCACUGCCUUGGCGUGUGGUUUUAUUUUUAACCGGGAUGCUGUAAUAGGAAGGUGGCCAGGCGGGACGUCACAGGCAGGACAGCGGCUGCUCCUGCCCCUGCCACGGGCCGGCUCCUCCGCCGGCUCCUCGGGCUGUGGCUUGGGAAGCAGCACACGGGUCUCUCUCCAGAGAGCUGCUGCCAGUGAAAAGAAACCCAAUAAAAGCACUUUUCAGAUACCUCAAACUAACCGGUCAUGACUUUGCUGUAAAAAAAAAAAAAAAAAGCAAAAAAAAAAAAAGCAAAACAUCCAGACAGUCCGCACACACCUCUUUUUAAGAGCUUUGCUGCUAAAAGGCCCUCACUUUGGACCCUGCUUUGGGAUCAGUGUUACUUCAAGGGGAGGAAAAAAAAAAAAAAAAAAAAAAAGGAAAACAAAGGUAAAAAAACGAAACAAAACAAAAAACUGAAUGAGCCUGGGGGUUGGUUUUGGUGGGCUGCUGCGCGGGUCUCGCAUUGCACAGUGCUCGGGGAACGCCAGACCUCGCUAGUACACUGCGGGCUCUCCACUAAGGAUUGCAGCUGGUUUAAUUAGAGACUCGGGUGAACAUGAAAGAUUAAAUAUGGAACAAGGCUGGGGACAGGCGGGAAGACGGCCAGUUUGGGUUAAUGUGCCGAUACAGGUACCUGCAGAAUUAAUUACGCCAGGACUCGGGCGAUGUGGGGAGGCUGUCGCUGCUCCAUCCCAGCACGGUCUUAGUCACCACUAAGAGCCAUGGCAUGAGGUGGGCACGGUAUGAAUCCUCUUCGGGGCUGCGUUAUUCGCCUGUCAUUAAAAGCAUCAGUGCUGGGUUGUUU